AUGAUUUACUCUUCUAGUAAAGUGGCUCUGAAGAAAUCAUUUGAUGUAGCCUUUGAAAUACAAGGAACUGAUCCAUCUGAAAUUUCUUAUGAAACUGUUCUUGAAAAAGCUCUACCAAAGAUUACUAAUAACAAACCUGGUGCCUCUCUUACGAGAAAAUAUCCAAGUUCAACUACACAUGCUACAUCAAAUACACAAUGUCAAAAGUGUUUAGAAUUUGGUCACUGGACAUAUGAGUGUAAAAAUAGUAGAGUUUAUAAAGCACGUCCUACAAGAACUCAACAACUAUCAAAACCUUUAAAACCAAUAGCUGUUGAACUUCCCGAGGAAUUUAAAUCAAACAUAUCUUCCUCUUCCACCUCAUCAUCGUCUUCUUCUAGAGGUGCGUCUUAUUCUUCUACUGGUUCGUCAUCAUCAUCGAAAAGCUAUGAUUCAGAUAAUAGUGUUGAUAAAAGGAUGAAGGAGGAUAAGGGCGUGGAUGAUAUUAGAAUUGGUGGUGGUGAUGUUAGAACUCGCGACGAUAAAAAAAUUCCUGCCGCUGCUGCGGUUGAUAGAAGAAAAUAUUUUGAUGAUAUUGAUAAAAGAUUUGACGGUAGAGGUAGUGGAUAUGAUAGAAAAUAUGAUGGUGGUAGAAGAAUAGGUGAUAAAACAUACGAUGAUAAAAGUCACCAUGAUGAUAGAAGCGAUGAAUAUGAUAGAAGAUAUGAUGGUGAUAGAAGAAUGGGUGGUAAAACAUACGAUGAUAAAAGUCGUGAUGAUAGAAGUGGUAGAAGAUAUGAUGGUGAUAGAAGAACGGGUGAUAAAACAUACGAUGAUAAAAGUCGUGAUGAUAAAGAUGGUAAAAGAUAUGACGAUGAUGGAAGAAUUAGUGAUAAAACAUACAAUGAUAGAAGUCGUAACGAUAGAGGUGGUGGAUAUGAUAGAAGAUAUGAUGGUGAUAGAAGAAUUGGUGAUAGAAAAUACGAUGAUAGAAGUCAUCGUGAUGAUAGAAGACAUUAUAAUUUGACGAAAAAUUACUAA